UAUUGAUAGGAGGAGGCCAUAAAAUGAUUGCGUGCAACCGGCAGGCAGAUUCACAGAAACGCCAGGGAAGCGCCGAGGAUCUCAUUUACUAAUGCACUGAAGAAACCAUUCCCUGUCCCUUUAAGAAGUGCUACCGAAGGCUACGUAGAGAGAUGAUGGGUAAGCACCCCGUUAUCAGUACACUUUGCUUGAGUUAAAAGUCCAGUCUGACAACUGGCAGGUUAAAGUGCAUCUGGCGCAGGCCGUGUAUGUGUUGCUUUCAUUCAUUCAGCAUUUACUCAGCAGAGACAAAACCUGGUACCAGAGAGAUAUAUCCAUAGCUAACCAACUCUAUAUCUAACCUGCCAUGGAUAUAUUAGAGACAGAUUCGCGAUACAGGAAAUCGUCUCUGGCAACUGCGAGAAGCGUCAUCCCAAAGCUGCUGCCCUUCCUGAUUUCCUGCUACAAUUACUUUGCUUUGUGGCUUCCGCUCUCGGAGCCUAACUUGUUCCAUGCCCUUAUCAAGAGCUUGCCAGUCCUCUGCCUGGGUUUUUUCAUUGUGGUCCAUUCCUUGAGCCAGGGAAGGUUCAGUUCGUACUCUAAGAAGAUCUUUGUGGGGCUGAUGUUCUCGGCAGCUGGGGACAUCUGCUUGCUCUGGGAAGAUUUCUUUCUUCACGGGAUGGUUAUGUUUGGUUUGGCCCACAUCAUGUACAUAAUUUCCUUCGGGUUCCGUCCUCUCAGGCUGCGGUUAUUUAUUCUCCUAGCCUUAUUCUGUGCCGCCUUCUUCUUCUUCGCUCUCCCAUACUUGCACGGACCUUUUCUGUACAUGGUGCCUGGAUACUCCGUGCUGAUUGGCACCAUGGCAUGGAGAGCUCUGGCCAGGGUCAGCCUGGCGUCUUACAAGUUUUCCUGGGCGCAUGUUUUUGCUGCACUGGGCUCCCUCAUUUUUGUGGUGUCAGACUGUUUCCUAGCAGUAGAUAAAUUCUGCUUCCCCAUAGAGAACUCCCGCGCUAUUGUUAUGGCCACCUAUUAUGGGGGACAGAUGUUCAUAGCGCUCUCCAUCGCCGGUGGCUCCGAGGAUGACUUUAUGUGGAAGAAGAAAUGAGCAGAAAUUGCCUGCAGCCAGAAAUCAAGAGACUUCAGUGCCCAGCCUCGUGUUAGUGAAGAAGUAGCAAUGUGGGAAGCCUGGGAUGUCCAACCUAAGGAAAAAAGCACAUAAAUCUUGGUGGUCAAACCAAAAACACUCCAGUUAUUGCCGAUCUGCAACUCCCAGCAUCCACUGUUAUCCUUUGACUGUCUGGACUGAUGUGGAUCCAGGGCCACCAUUAGUAAUCAUAGGGCUUCGCACUAGUAAGUUGGCAUGGUCUUCCCCCCCAAAGGCCCCUAGUUAUUGGCCCACUGGUCACCUGGGUGGUGGGCCCUGCCAACAAAUAAAAUGGGAAAAUGAAAAAAAGAAAAACUUUCACAUGGAUGGGCACACCCCUUAUUCAUCCCAGCCACACUCUAUAUAUGCCAACCACACAACUUAUCAAACCCAGGGCCACUCCCCACAAGCUCCACCCCUUUCACAACCUGCAAUUUACCAUUUUUCAUCUUGAAGCCACCCUCAUCUAGUGGCAUAACUAGAUGUUACUGGGCCCCACUGUAAAUUCAGUUAAGGGCCACGAAACACUGGUAAAUUGACCUAAUGUCAUCAUUUAGGGCCUUGCUAGGCCGCCUUUAAUCCUGAGCCCCUCUGCAACUGCUGGGUCUGCUUUCUCUGUAGUUACACCCCUGCAUUAAGCCUUGGUGCCACUGACUGAUGUACCCCCUCCCCCAAUGGCAGCCCUGCAGGAGCACUUUCCUGGUUCUGUUAGGCCAAAAAUGGAGCUAGGAGUAGUAGUUUAACAAUAUCCAAAUUAUUCCCAUGUCUAUACUAUUAUAAAUGGCCCUGAAAGGCAUCAGGUUACCUGUCAUUUAAAAUACCAAUAAGCAAUAAGCUGUUGGUGGGCUCAGGACCUUCAUUCGACCACUCCGAGAUCUGCCUGGUCUAUUAGGGCCAGUAAACUUUAUUUUCCUAAUUUAUGUUGCUAAUAAAGGUUUGCUAUUGCAGGGAUUACAUGCAACAUGUGUUUGCAAA